GGGAGAAGCCGUUUGGGUGUGACCAGUGUAGUAUGAAGUUCAUCCAGAAGUAUCACAUGGAGAGGCACAAGAGGACGCACAGCGGAGAAAAGCCAUACAAAUGUGAAACCUGCCAGCAGUAUUUUUCAAGGACUGAUAGACUGUUGAAGCACAGACGUACAUGUGGAGAAGCCAUAGGGAAAGCAGGUGCUGGAAUGGAUCCUGGGCCAUCAAACCAUAGCAUGGGCAACUUGUCUAUGUUGUCUCAGGGAAAUACAGGUUCGUCAAGGAGAAAAAGCAAAGCAAAAUGUGUACCCACUGAAAACAAAGAGCAUAAGCCUACUCAUAAAGUAUCUGACUCCCAGAUUGCAUCUAAUAUGACCUUGCAGAAUUAUGCGGUGGAGAUUCCUAUAGUGUCUUCCAGUGGUGGCUUAAUUGGCACUGGGAUAGAAGAACUGCAGAAAAAGGUGCCAAAAUUAGUCUUUAAAAAAGGAAACAGGAAGGGUACAGACAAGAGUUUUCUUAACUUUGUGUCACCAUUACCAGACCUUCUUGGUCAAAAACAAUUGUCUGGAAAACCAAGUGGCUCUCUUGGCAUAGUCGCAAAUACCAGUGUGGAUGCUAUCCUUCAAGCUGCAAAUAGUAAACCAGGUCAAAUAAGUAGCAAUUAUGACGAUGCCAUGCAAUUUUCAAAGAAAAGAAGAUACUUGCAAAAUGCCAGCAGUAACAGUGCCUUUUCUAUAAAUGUUGGGCAUAUGGCCUCCCAACCGUCUGUAAUACAGUCUGCAGGUGUGAGUGUUAUGGACAGUGAAACCCCGUUAUCUCUUAUUGACUCAUCAUCUCUAAAUGCUGGCGCUGACAUCAAAUCUUGCCACGAUAAGUCUGGCAUUCCUGAUGAAGUCUUGCAAAGUCUUUUAGAGCACUACUCUCACAAAUCAGAAGGCCAGAAGGAAGAUCCCUUCAGCAUUACUGAACAGCGUGUGGACUUGCAUGCCUCAGGAGAACAUACAGAGAUGGUUCAAGAGGAGAACUUGAGCCCCAGCUCCCAAACAGCUUCAAAUGACAAAGCAAACAUGUUGCAAGAAUACUCAAAAUACCUCCAACAUGCUUUUGAAAGAACAACUAAUAGCACUGGUUUUGCUUUUGGACCCAGUUUCCAAUUUGUAAGUUUGUCUUCAAGCCUUCAUAACCAUACUUUGUUUCCAGACAAACAAAUAUACACUACAUCUCCACUUGAGUGUGGUUUCAGCCAAUCUGUUACCUCAGUGUUGCCAUCUGCAUUGUCAAAGCCUCCUUUUGGAAUGUUGCUUGGAUCUCAGCCAGGUUUUUAUUUAUCUGCUUUGGAAGCAACACAUCAACAGUUGACUCCUUCACAAGAACUAGAUGAUCUGAUAGACUCCCAGAAGAACAUAGACACUUCAUCAGGCUAUCAGUCCACACCUCAAAAAUUGAAUAGCCAGAAGGAACAAAAAAAUCUAGAAUCUUCAUCAAGCUUUCCACUUCCUUCUCAGGAACUAGCUAACCAGAUAGAUCCCCAGAAGGACCUAGAGCAUCGAGCAACAUACCAGAUAGAGACCUUUGCACAAGCAUUUGGUUCUCAGUUUAAGACGGGCAGCAGGGUGCCAAUGACUUUCAUUGCUAACUCUAAUGGGGAAGUGGACCAUAGAGUAAGGACUUCAGUGUCAGAUUUCUCAGGGUAUACAAAUAUAAUGUCUGAUGUAAGUGAGCCAUGUAGUACAAGAGUAAAGACCCCAACUAGCCAAAGUUAUAGGUAAAGUUCCAGUAAUGACUAGGCUUGGGGGUGGUCUUAAUGUAUUAGUUUUAUUUUGAUAACACUGCCAUUGGAAUGUUUCUACACGAUCCUAAUACAAAUAAUGUAACACGCCCUUUCAAUGCAACUUUUCAUAUUUAGUUUUUGUUAGUAAUUUUAGAUCAGUUUGUAUUAUGGUUUUUAAAUCAGAUUAAUAGACUUGAUACUUCACUAUUUUUUUGUUGUUCAUGUGACAGUGUUUAGCAAUCAAACUUACCUAUUUAGAUUGUCAGGGAAUAGCCCGAAAAGUUGAAAAUGCAAAAAAGGGAAAAAACGAAAGAAAAACCACACAAAAAAACCUUUGUUCCUAGGAUUAAGGUUUAUUUUAAUUGCUUUACUCUCAGGAAAAUGUAAUGAAGCAAGGGGAUUCUGUGCACUGUUAGUGUAUUGGAGUUUCCAAUUUACAAAUAAGUGGCAAAUCUACUUCACCAUUUAACAAAGGGAUUUUAAGACAUCAGAAAUUGCUGUCUCAUAUCUGGGUGAUACAAAAAUUCUGAGAACUUAGCUACCUACAGCUUGUUAUAGUUGUUAACAUACUUCUUUAUUUCUUCCUCUAGAUGAUGAUACUCAUUCCAGACUGGUGGGAUAGUCUUAGAUCCUUGGUAUAAGCCUGGAAUGAUAGCUUUAAUAAUAACAAUAAUGUCCACCCCAUUUUCCCCUGAAGGCUGUAAUUUUAUAAAGAGAUUUUAGCGGCAUAAUCCACAAGAGGAGUUUUAAAGUGCCAUUUUGAUGUCAUUGGAACCCUAAUCUGAAAUUGCAGUCUUAAUUUAUAUACUUUUUGGGAAUGCAUUAUUUAUUAAAUACAGGGUUUUUUUUAAUUUAAAAAAUUCCCCAAUUGGCUACCAAUCCCUCUCUUCCCCCUACUUAAAUAUUCCUGUUUAGUGUCUUGGGUCUUCUUCCUUUUUCAUCCAUUUCCAUUGCCAAGCUCACCCUCCAUGGUUUGUGAUCCUUUCCAAGUUCCUUUUAGCUCAACAGCUGGAAUUUUAGAAGAUUUACAUUCCAGAAGAUUGCAUAACUUAUUAUGUGUUUUCUGAUGUCUUGUGGCAUCAAAAGUUGAACAAUUUUUAAAAGGCGAAUGCUCCUAUUUUAGAAGGCCAUAAAGGUUUCCUUAGAAGAUACGAUAAGAAAAAAAUACUCAGUUGUACAUAAAGAGGUCCUCCAAAGUGCAUUGGGAUCUACUAGCUUAGUCAACCAUGGCCACAUGCAGUCUUGAGUAUUUUGGGGGGUGGGGGUGGGGUUAAGAUUACAUGUGGCUAAAUGAUGUGUAGAAGGACAAUGAGGUUGGCCUAAAUGUAUGAACCAUGUGACCAAUAUGUACAUGGUUUAGUGUAACCAGAAUCUCCAAGGAAUUGUUGCUCAAAUUCAUGUAUAUUUUGUGGUACAUUAUUUAUGAUAUGUGAAUCUUGAUUAGAGCCUGUGGAGCCACGGAAACCUAUAGAAAACUUAGUGGCUAUUUUAAAAACUGCUAAAAAGCAGUUGCACUGCCCAGAACCACUUUUUUUUGCAGAUGUAUUUUUUUCCUAAUUAGUUUUUUAAUGUAAUUUUGGUGAUGUUUCCGCAGAUUUUUAAAAAUGUACUUUUGGUGAUGUUUCUGUCUUGCGUACUUUCUGAAGGCAGAAAAGUACCAGUGGUUGUUUGCAGUCUUAUUGUGUAAUUGGCCUUUUGCAGGCUUCCAUGUAUAAUAAGGUAAUUAACAUUGUACAAGUGUAAAACACUUCUGUUACGAAGAUGGUGUUAAAAGAACUAUGAAUUCUUAAAUUGUUACAAAAUGUUAAAACAUACCCAUUUUCUCUUUCCCCUACCCACCAAAUCAACCUGAACACUAUUUCACCAAAUGAACCACCACAUUUAUUACUAAUGCAUAAUUAAUUAAAUCCCACUUAUUAAAACUUGAUAUGUACUUGAUUAUGUAUUUUCCAUUCUUCAAAAUAGUGCUGUUAAUUUCCCCUGCCAUCUAGGCAUAGAGCACAACUUAUCAAGGGAUGGAGUGUACUUUAACCACUGUGUUGUUCUACUAUGGGUUUUUUAAUUUGGUUUUUGAGUAUUUUGUUCCACAGCGGUUAUGAUUUUAUUUUAUUUUAUAUUGUGUAUACUGGAUAGUGUGUAUGUUCUGGGAUUGUUUGCUUAAGACUGUGACCAAUUAAAAAUGCUAUUCACAAAAAUCUAAGGAAAGAAGAUGUUGUAUUAUCUAUCCAGUUACACCUCUGGCUUUGUUAAGAAAAUUCCGUAAAAUGUUUUUAAACUAAAUUGCUGGAACAAUAGAAGGAUAACUUGCUUGCUUUUAAAGGUAUUUUUAUUGUAAAACUUCUUUAGGUGAACAAUAAAAACACUCUUUUCGUUACUUUGAGAUUUAAUUUUUUUUGUAUUCUGUGACGUCUGGGUUGGAAAUUUUCUAUUUGAUGAUGUUAUUUUGAAUUGACAGGUUAAAUCCAAAUUCUGUCUACGCAACAAAACUUCCCUUCCUCCUCCCUGCACCAACUCCAAAUCUGCUCUGGAGGUUUGGGGGCACCCCAGAGCAGAUUUGGUGUAGGGGCAGGAGAGGGAGGGGAAAUUCUGUUGUGUGAGCAAAAGCCGUUCUGGUCAGACAGUGACUUAGUUGGGUAGAAACCUAGAUCAGUUUGGGCUCUAUGGGAACCUGUUGAAAGUUGGGGUCUAAAUCUGAUCAAAUAAUUUGUAGUGAUUGUGUCAUGAACAUCAUGCAUUCACAAGUGGGGUUCUUCAUUUAAAUCUUAAGUUGGAUCUUUGAGCAUGUGCAACUAGGUGAAGUGGACGUACAACCUUUCUCAGAUCCAGCAACAGAGAACCUACUUUUAAAAUGUAAAAUCCCAGAAAUAGGCAGGGAAGUGAAGAGCUAGAUUCAGUUUCACUUGCUUCCCCAGGCCCACCAUAAAGCUUUUGGAGGUCUUAGUUCUUAAAAAGAGAUUCCAUGUCUGCAGCUUCAACUGUUUGGUGCAUGCUUCCAUUGAAUUGGUGUGCACAGGUUUAAUGCCCAAAUCAAGAAUGAUGCAAUUGGUUAUACAUGCUCAAGAGAUAUUGGACUUGUGUUUCUCAAAUACACUAGGGAAUUUUUUUAAAAAAGUUGUUUGUGAUCCAUGAUAUGGGAAGGGGGUCUACUGCAAAAAGUUAUUCCAAGCCUUUUUUGGUAUGCCUAAAGUAGUACUUACUAUGCCACCCAGUUUGCUUUAGUCUGUU